GGAAGCGAUGCCGGAAGCACGGUGUAACGCGGUCUCAAGAUGGCGGCGCCCAGCGGCACCGGCGCGGGGAGGGCUUCGCUGCUGCGGGUGGUGGCGGAGUGCGGGCAGAGCAUGGCGCGGGCGGGGGAGCUGCUGCUGCCGCACGGAACCGUGCCCUGCCCCGUCUUCAUGCCCGUGGGGACGCGCGGCAGCCAAGGAAUCACGGCGGAGCAGCUGCGGGCGUUGGGCUGCGGGCUGUGCCUGGGGAACGCUUAUCACCUCGGGGCGGCGCCGGGCCCCGAGGUGGUGGAGCGCGGGGGGCUGCACGGCUUCAUGGGGUGGUCCCGCAAUCUGCUGACGGACAGCGGCGGGUUCCAGAUGGUUUCCCUGUCUGCUCUCUGCGAGGUGUCGGAGGAGGGGGUUCGCUUCCGCCCCCACGGCCCCGAAAUGCUGCUCAGCCCCGAAAGAGCCAUGGGGCUGCAGAACGCGCUGGGAGCCGACAUUGUGAUGCAGCUGGACGACGUGGUGAGCAGCACGGAGACGGGGCCGCGGGUGGAGGAGGCCAUGCUCAGGUGGGACCCCUGCUAAUUAGGGCCUUCACGCUAAUUAGGGCCUUCACGCUAAUUAGGGCACCCCAAUUAGGGGAUUCGUCUUAUCAGGGAUCUUCCACCAAUGAAAGACCUCCCCCAAUUAGGGACCACCCCAUGGCAGUGGGGCGCCCCAUAGCAGUUGUGCCCCAUAGUGCUGCGCCCCAUAGAUGUGGGGCACCCCAUAGCGCUGUGCCCCAUAGCGGUGGGACCCCAUGGCUGUGGGUCACCCUGUAGCGGUUGUGCCCCAUGGCUGCAGGUCCCCAUAGCAGUGGGGCGCCCCAUAGCAGUGCAGCCCCAUAUCGCUGUGCCCCAUAGAUGUGAGGCACCCCAUAGCAGGGCACCCCACAACAGUUCACCCCGUAGCAGCUCACCCCAUAGAUGUGGGGCAUCCUAUAGCAGUGGGGCACCCCACAGCAGCUCAGCUCCCCCCAUAGCAGCUCCCCCUAUAGCAGUGGGGCGCCCCACAGCAGCUCA